AUGUUGUCAAGUAAGGUAGUACCAAGAUGCGGCACGGUUGUUCAACGAGCAAAUCGACAUACCAAUUACCCAAUCACUUUCCAGAAGAGAUACAUCGGAAGAACAAGCGGUUCUCGAGUUACCAUUGCAAGUAUACCUUCGAGGUCACGUAAAGCUGCGUUGUUGUUAUCACUCACAAUAUGCGCUGGAGGUCUAUAUGCAACAGGCUACCCACGAGCUCUGAAUGCAGAAGAGAUUCCUACACCAGCCGAAUUGCAAUUUGAAAAGAAGAGGAAGAACACUCGCACAAAGGAAGAGAAUCGAGACCAAAUAAGUUCACAACACCUACAAGUGAAGAGGAGCUGGGAGAAGCCAGGAGUAUAUGCAUGGGGCUCAAAUACGGGUCGAGUUGUUGCACCCGAUUCUGACGAAACGAACAUCAAGACUCCAAGACGAAUACCAUAUUUCGACGGGAAGAUUAUUCGAGAUAUUAAGUUGGAUCGCAAUUUUGCGGCAGCAAUCACUGAGAAUGGUGAUCUGCUACAAUGGGGAACGAAAUAUUCGCCGGAUAGUAGGGAGCCUACGCCAACACUGAAAGGGAAAGAUCUCGUCAAGAUAUCUAUUUCGAAAGACCGAAUCAUAGCACUUUCCUCAUCAGGCACGGUAUACUCAAUUUCGGCAUCACGAUCAGACCAAGCAUUGGAGCCGAAACCGCAGGAAAGUUCCUGGAUACCAUUUUGGAGCAGUAAAUCUCCAAUAGGCUACCGAACACUUAACCCGGAUAAUAUGGUCUGGGGCGAAAAGAUUAAUGAUAUUAGCAGCGGUCUCGAGCACUGUCUCCUCCUCACAUCUAAAGGACGACUCUUCUCUGCAGCAUCUGGCUCCGAAGACUACCCUACCAAAGGCCAACUUGGUAUCCCUGGUUUAACAUGGAAGUCACGCCCUCCUGGACCACACGAUCAACCACAUUUGAUCAGCACCCUUAAAGGAUUUGAAAUGGCAAAGAUUGCUACUGGUGACUAUCACUCCCUCGCAGUAGAUACACAAGGUCGAGUCUUUAGUUUCGGCGACAACUCUGUGGGCCAACUGGGCAUUGAAUACAACUCCGAAUUAUCUACCAUCGAUGCCCCUUCACUAAUCUCUAUAGACAGACUCUAUAAAGGCACAAACUUACUUCCUCGUGUGACCGGUGUCUUCGCUGGCGGAGUGAAUACAUUCUUCACCAUUGACGCUACUCGAGUCGCCGGCCAAUCCGAAGAAACCACCCCCCUAGAUCUCGGACGCAUCACAGCCGAUACCUGGUCCUGCGGGCAAGGAAUCUUCGGCGCCCUCGGAAACGGCCGCUGGACACACGUCCAAAGUCUCCCCUCAAAAAUGAAAGCUCUCUCCGGCCUGUUCGAAUACGACGAAGUAGCCCGCACCGUAAUUCCCAUCCGUCUCUCCCGCCUCUCAAUCGGCAGCACUCACGCCUCCGCCGUAAUGAAUAAUGUCACUCACCUGGAAGCCACCUCCAAUUCCAGCCACAAUGAUACAAAUUGGGGCGCCGAUGCGUUAUGGUGGGGUGGAAACGAGUUUUACCAAUUGGGGACGGGGAGGAGAAAUAAUGUCAGUCAGCCGGUUUAUAUACAGCCGCUAGAAUUGGCGUCUGAUGGGGAGAAGAGGAAGAAAGAGGAACAUCGCUUUCAGAUAACACCGAGGAAGACAGUUAAGAUUGGGGGGAGGAAUGUGAGCGUAGAACAGAGGAUUGAGUGUGGGAGGGGUUGUACGGCUGUUUACUCAGGUGCAUGA